UCCUGUCUCGGGCCAUGGGCACAAUGAGGUCACUCCGUUUCAUUUCUGCAGAAGCCCUGGUGUCCCACCCCCAGGUGGCCCGGCAGAGCCUGGACAGUGUGGCCCACAACCUCUACCCACUCCUGUUCAAAGCCAGCUACCUGCUGGAGCAGGCGGAGGUGACGCGUGCUGUGCUGGGGCGCUGGCCCCUGGAGGAGUUCCGGCUGGGAGCGCUGCUGGGUCCUGGUGCCGACCACCCCCAGGACCUGCGCGACCGAACCUGCAGGGCCUGCCUGGAGGCGCUGGUGCGCGGCCUCGCGGACCACGUGCUGCAGGACCGGAGCCGCCGGCGGCUGCGGGUGGCUGACCUCACGGGCCUCCGAGAUGUGCAGGUGCAGCGGUGCCCAUGCGGGAGGGCGCUGGGCAGGUGGGGCCGCACCCAGCUGCUGGCCAGGACCUGCUGUGAGCUGCAGGCAGAGCCCCUUGCGGCCGGGCGCCCCGUCGAGGUCCUCGCCGACCUCUUCGUCACUGAGGGCAACUUCGAGGCGGUGGUGCAGGCCUUGAGGCCGGGGGGCCCGGCCCCUCUGCGGGUGCACUGCCCCUCGUUCCGGGCGGACAGCCUGAGCCCCAGCCAGCUCCUGCACGUGCUGCGCCUGGCUGGCCCUGGUGCCCUGCGCAAGCUGGAGGUGGUGCACAACGUGCGGCUGCAUGCGGGCCACGUGCUGCAGCUGCUGGCCCAGGUGGGCUUCCCCCGGCUGGCCUCGCUCACCCUGCCCACCAAGGCCUUUGAUGCACCCCCAACCUGCGUCUCCACUCCCGACGGCGAGGACCCCCUCCUCGCCUCCAUCGCCCGGGAGCUCAGCAAGAUGACGCAGCUCACCGAACUCAGUGUGGCCUUCUCCACGCUGACCGGGAAGAUCCCGACGCUGCUUGGCCCCCUACAGACCCCGCUGCGAGUGCUGGACCUGGCCAACUGUGCCCUGAACCACACGGACAUGGCCUUCUUGGCAGACUGUGCCCACGCUGCCCACCUGGAGGUCCUGGACCUCAGUGGACACAACCUGGUCAGCCUGUACCCCUCGACCUUCUUCAGGCUGCUUGGCCAGGCUUCCCGGACGCUGAGGAUCCUGACACUGGAGGAGUGUGGCAUCGUAGACAGCCAUGUUGGCGUGCUGAUCCUGGGCCUGAGCCCCUGCCACCGGCUGCGCCAGCUCAAGUUCGUCGGGAACCCGCUGUCGGCCCGCGCCCUCCGGCGCCUCUUCGCCGCACUCUCUGAGCUCCCCGAGCUGCGCUGCAUCGAGUUCCCGGUGCCCAAGGACUGCUACCCCGAGGGUGCCGCCUACCCCCAGGACGAGCUGGCCAUGUCCAAGUUCGACCAGCAGAAAUACGACGAGAUCGCCGAGGAGCUGCGUGCCGUGCUGCUGCGGGCCGACCGAGAGGACAUCCAGGUCUCCACACCCCUCUUUGGAAGUUUCGACCCAGACAUUCAAGAAACAAGCAAUGAGCUUGGCGCUUUCUUGCUGCAAGCUUUCAAAACUGCUCUAGAAAACUUCUCCAGAGCACUCAAACAAACAGAGUAGCUCCUCCACUCGCACCAGCGACAGGUCUUGCAUUUCAGCCUGCAGCUGCCCCGGGCUUCGGUCCCGGAUCUGAGGCUUGGGCCCGGCAUUCAUCCCCACCACCACCACCACCAAUAGCAGUUCUUAGUGAAAAUUGUAGGCGAGCCUGUUAAGCGCUGUAGAAGAGGGAGCCUUCCAGGAGAGGUGCCAUGCGGUGCCCUUUAGCGGCAGCACGGCAAGGUCCUGGAGGCGGGGGAAGCCACCAAGAGACAGUGACUGAGGGUCAGCGGGGGGGACGCCACAUGGCAAAGGGCAGAGAAGCCCGGGAGGUGUGAGGAGUGGCCGACCUGGCCUCGACGCAUCCGGGCACUGGGUGCAAGAGGAAGCUUCAGGGGACAGAUGUGACUGGGCUCCACAGCUGGGGGUGGGGAGAAAGAACGCAUCACAGAAACUGCACAAAA